AUGUCGCAAGUAACCGGACAGCCAACAGCCGCAGGUCAUGCGGCCGCAUCGCAAAUCUUACCGCUAGAAUUGAUCGAUAAAUGUAUUGGAUCGAAUAUUUGGGUGGUGAUGAAGAGUAAUCGGGAAUUCACAGGAACACUAUUAGGUUUUGAUGAUUUCGUCAAUAUGGUACUAGAGGAUGUUACAGAAUACGAGACAACUGCUGAAGGACGCAAAAAGACAAAGCUAUCACAGACACUUUUAAAUGGGAAUAACAUUUGCAUGCUCAUCCCAGGUGGAGAAGGACCAGAAGCAUGA